ACGCGCUCGGGUGCGGGGUGCUUGUCAACAAACUACCAAUUCAACACGAGCUAGUCCACCUUCUGAACAAAGCUGAAGCUACUUUCCUUGGGCUUAACUUCAACCUGCAAUCUCGCUCCGUGUCGCAUUCCCAUCAUGGCUGAUGACCAGACAAAAAAGCCCGCUGUUCUGAUCGUUGGCGGUCUUGGCUUCAUUGGUCGCCAUCUUGCUCUGUAUAUUCACGAGAAUAAUUUGGCCUCGGAAGUACGACUAGUCGACAAAGUCCUACCCCAGCUUGCCUGGUUAGCCCCUGAGUUUGAAGAAGCCUGUUCCAAAGACAAAUUCGUGCAAGCAGACGCCAGCCGGGAACAGCACUUUCCCCGUAUCUUCGACCGUACCAAUGGUGAACAAUUCGACUACGUGAUAAACUGUGGCGGCGAAACUCGACACUCCCAGCCUGAUGAUGUCUACGAAGUCCGCAGCUUUGCCCUCACCGUUGCCCUCGGUCGCGAAGUCGCCCGUCGAGGCAUCCGCUCUUUCGUCGAAUGUUCCACCGCGCACGUUUACAAGGGUGGCUCAAGUCCCCGUAAGGAAGAUGACAAGUUGCAGCCCUGGCACAAGCUUGCUAAGUGGAAGAUGAAGGCCAGUGAGGAGCUGCAGAAGAUUCCCAAUCUCCACUACUGUUUGCUCCGGCUGCCUCACGUCUACGGUGAGUAUGAUUCUGGCUACUUUGCCAUGGGGAUUUGCCUUGCGCGAGUUUACUCAGAACUGGAGAAGAACUUGGAGCUUUUGUACACGAAGGAUUUGAAAAUCAACACACUUUACAUCAAAGAUGCAGCAAGCGCACUUUGGAAAGCAGCGGAAUGGAGGGCCAGCGCUCCGACGGACGGGUCGGCCCCUAUUGCUUUCAACAUUGUUGACCAUGGUGACACUCGCCAAGAGCACAUUGCAGAUGCCCUGUCGGAGGUAUUCAACAUGAAGGUCGAGUUUCUGGGCUCCUUGGCAUCUCAAUUCGCUAAGAUGAAUUUGGACGAAGUCGUGGAUGACAUGAAUGAGGAGUGCUUGCAAGGCUGGGCCGACCUGCUUGAGGAGAAGAAGAUUGAAAGACCCGGUCCGAUUAGCCCAUUUUUGGAGAGGGAUGUUCUCAGAGAUCAGGACAUGUCUAUCGAUGGCACAUUGUUUGAGAAUACCACAGGAUGGAAGCCUACGCGUGAACGCUUCGACGCUGAUGCUGUGCGGGCCAUGGUUGACAGCUACAAAAGAAUGGGCUGGUGGCCGUGAGACGUUUCUGUGGACGCGGAUCUCCCCGCUGACCACUACUCUCCAAGUCACCAUACGCACGAGUGUCUUCGCAACCGAUCCUCACGAACCGAUUUCGUGUGCUCUUGAAACCCCGAACGUGCAUCACCAC